UAAAAAGGCAGUAAUAUUUAAUCUAUUUUUCCCACUAGAAAUUGCAGUAUCAGUGCAUGUAAUCUAAUCUUAAUAUUUGGAUUCUAAUUUAGAAGUUGUGCUCUUACUGAGGUUUCUAAGUGUCGAGGAAGAAGUAAUUUUCCAAAUUAUUAUUCAAAGAAAAUGAUAUAAACACAAGACAUGGCUAAAGUACCAGAUCCUAAAACACCAGUCAAGUCGGCGGAUAAAAACAAGAGUUGGAAUCCCCAACCCCGUCCUGGAAAUCCGAUUUAUUUGAAAAAAGUCGAUUCCGCAGCGAUGAACACCAGCAAAGUAAGCCAAGCGGCAUACCAGGAAAAAAAUGAAGUUAAUGAAGCCAAGAAAAUGGCGACGGCAGAAAUGCCCAAGUGCUCGCCCAAUGACGAAUGGUCGGCCGAAUGCGACGACAUGGAUCGCCUGAACGCAUGGAAUAAAAACGUCUCCCCUGAUGACAACCUCAUCAAAGGAAUGGCACAGGCACUCGCCCUCAUCAUACAAGUGGCGUCGAACGGGCCGAAUAAAAUCGACCGAGAAAAGGCGUUCUACGGGAUCCAGUUUCUUUCGACGAUCAAGAACAACUACGGCGAGGCACCUCCGAAUGUGAAAGGCUUCAUGGAGUACAUCGAGCAUUACAUGUGUGUCAACGAUCAGUUAGAAAAGACGACACGGCCUUUGUAAGAUACAUUCGUACCCAUUUAGCACAGCUUGAGAUAUACACGUUUGUAAAUAGACUCACGUUGAAAUAAAAUUUAUGUUUGGAAAUA